AUGACGACAGACUCUCCCUCAUUCACCCUCUUCCCAAAACUUCCUCCUGAGUUGCGCGCCCAGAUAUGGCAACAAGCCCUGCCAAUCAUAGGACCCGCUCUGUGCCGACACCGAGAAGGCCUCUGGCGCCCACAAUUCCUCCAGCCAGGCGACGAGGGCUACUUUCCAGAGUUAGAAGACAACAUCGAGCUUGAGUUUCGUCCCGACUUGGUGAUACAAAUCCCGGUGGAGCUGCCCCUCAUACUUGUCAGCCACGAGGCCCGUAGCGUCACCCUGAAAUGGGCUCGCGAGAAUGGCGUCAAGAUACCCCCUGGAAGCGAUAACCACACUUGCAUGCGACCAUUUGAUCCUCAAUUGGAUAUAAUAUAUGUCGAAAUCAGCCAGAUUACCGAUUUUUACAUGGCGGCUCAUGAUCGAAUGUUUGAACAUGAUCUUAUUGGGAGAAUGAUCUCCUCAAGCAUAAGACCCAAACGUCUUGCGAUAUCCGAGAUGGCAUUCCGAAGUGACGAUGUGAAACCCGAUAUCCUCUCCGCACACAACUAUGCGUCACAUCUAUUUGUCAUUGUCGGAGAACAGCCAGACUUUGAAGGCUUGUGGGAAGUUGACAGCAGUCGAGGAAAGUCGGUGUUUUGGAACUACAAGAAACUGCGUUUUGAGAUGGGAGAUGGCGAGUACAUCACGGAUGAAGGGCUUUAUCGGAUUAUCGAGGAAAACAAGAAGGAUAUUUCAGAGGACCUUCCCCAUUUCGUUGACCUCGAGAUCAGGCCUGCUUUUGCUGUUAGGAGAUGA